GCCCCCAAGUUCCGCCCGCUGCCCGGCAACCUGUCUGCUCUCGUCCCUAGCAGUUGGAGGCACUUGUGCCCUCUGUGAGCGGCUCUGCCGUCUCGCACUGCCCACCUCGACGCGAGUGUCGAGUUCGUGGAGGAGGCGCAGCUCGCGCCCGCGACUGGUCAGUCAGACAUGAAGGAAGACCCAGAGACCCUGCUGGCCCUGGAAAGAGCAAAAAUAAUUGCCCAGUAUGAUCAGUGAGAAGGAGCUGCCCCGCCUCACCACCCAGGAGGCGAAGCACAAAUGCCGAGACAUCAGGCGAGCCGACAAGUGGCUGAAGAUGCUGAGGGACUGGGGGCAGUACCAAGGCAGCAAGAAGAUGCACAAGCGGGUCUUUAAGGGGAUCCCCCCGCAGGUGCGGGGUCGAGUGUGGUCGCUGCUGUUGGACCUGGAGAAGGUGAAGGCGGAGAAUAAAGGCAAAUACGAGAGAAUGAAGGAGCAGGCCAGGCUGUUCUCAGAUGACAUCAAACAGAUUGACCUGGAUGUGAACCGAACAUUCCGGGACCAUAUCAUGUACUGGGACCGCUAUGGCAUCAAGCAGCAAGCCCUGUUCCAUGUGCUCGCAGCCUGUUCUGUUUACAACACCGAGGUGGGCUACUGCCAGGGCAUGAGCGAGGUCGUGGCCGUCCUGCUAAUGUUCCUGGGCGAGGAGGACGCCUUCUGGGCGCUGGCCCAGCUCAUGGUCAGCGAGAGGCACGCCAUGCAUGGCUUCUUCGUUCCGGGGUUCCCGAAACUGCUCAGGUUCCAGGCCCACCAUGAGCAGGUCCUCACCAAAGGGCUCCCGAAGCUAAGCAGCACUGGUGAGUAG